UGUUCUUUUUGCCAGCUACCUCAUCUCAGUCAUUCAUCCCCACUUUUUCUAAGCCACUCUAGUUGACUCUUUGAUUGCAUUGCUUGCUUGUGGCUGCUUAGAUGCUCCAUUGAAUCCCUCUCCUCAACCACUUUAUUUUUUGGGGGGCUUUUUCUUCAGAUCAAUGGCAAACAAUGGCCAUGGAUGAUGGCUUGUUGUUCAGAUCUUCUGCGUUUUGGUGUUUUAAACGAACCGUUCUAUAACCGGUUGAACCGUCCCGGUCCGAUUUUUAAACCCAUUGUUUUUUUUUUUCCUUGAUUGGUUGGCAGUUUUGCUUUUAAAAUAUGCGUCACCAACUAAUCAAAUUCAAUAUGCUUUUAAGCGUGAAGACUGAAAGAAAAGUCAAAUUCAAUGAUCCAACUAGUCAAUUCCCUUUUUUUUUCUUUCCCAUCACAGUGAAAACGGACCAAAAUCUUAAGACUUAUAAAUGCUGUGGGGAGAGCUCAGACAUUUUACAUAGAAUUCUGAAUCAGUUUGCAACUUGUAAAAGAAAGACACAUGGCAUUGACUAGCUUCAAAAAAGUGUUUUCUCUCGUUGCUCUGUUCGCGUUGGUCAUGUUACGUUUCUCAUUCAAUGUUGCUUCUGUUUCUGUGAAAGAAGAGGCAGAGGCAGAAAUAGAUGCUCUACUCAAAUGGAAAGCCAGUCUUCAAAAUGAAACAGUGUCACAGCCACCCCUGCCUUCAUGGACUCUCCUUCCAAAUAAUGCAACCAAUGCUUCCAACAAUCAAAACACCAGCUCAACCCCAUGCAGUUGGUUUGGCGUUUCUUGCACCCAUGCCGAAAGUGUUACUAGAUUAAACCUGACGAACUCAGGCCUGAAAGGUACACUUCAUGAAUUUCCAUUCUCAUCUCUCCUUAGUCUUGUUUAUGUUGAUCUUAGCAUGAAUGAACUCUUUGGUACAGUCCCUUUUGAAAUUAGUCACCUCUCCAAACUCAUAUAUAUUAAUCUGUCCUUUAAUAACUUUUCGGCGCAAAUCCCACCACAGAUUGGCCUACUGACCCAUCUUAAGGAGUUGGACCUUAGUGAAAAUCAGUUAAACGGCUCAAUUCCCAUAGAAAUAGGUAAUUUGAGCAACCUGGCUUACUUGUAUCUCAAUAAUAAUCAACUCUCUGCCUCCAUUCCACCAGAAAUUGGAAACCUUACCAAUUUACUUAUUCUUGAAAUAAGUCACAACAAUCUAAAAGGUUUCAUCCCUCCUAGUAUUGGAAAAUUUGAAAAGCUAAUAUGGUUGCACAUGUAUGAAAAUCAGCUCUCUGGCACCAUCCCCAUAGAAAUAGGGAAUUUGAAGUCUCUUGUAUCUAUAGGCCUUUAUACAAAUUAUCUUUCUGGAUCCAUACCCAAGUCGUUAGGAACUCUGAGCAACAUAUCUAUCUUAUAUUUAUAUGAAAAUCAACUUUCUGGCACCAUUCCAGAAGAAUUAGGAAACUUGAAGUCCAUAAUUGACCUUGAUCUCAGCAUAAAUCAGUUAAAUGGUACUGUUCCAAUUUCCUUGGGCAAUUUGAGCAACUUAGAAUGGUUAUCCCUCCGCGAUAAUCAAUUUUCUGGUCCCAUUCCUCAACAGAUAGGAAAUCUAACAAAGUUGGCUGUGCUACAGCUGGAUACAAACAACUUCACUGGUUUUUUGCCUCAAAACUUAUGCCAAAGUGGUUCUCUUCAAAAAUUGUCCGCAAAUGACAAUCAUCUCAUAGGUCCAAUUCCAAAAACUUUGAGGAAUUGCACAAGCUUAAUAAGAAUCCGCCUUCAAGCCAACAAAUUCUUUGGAAAUAUAUCUGACGAUUUUGGUGGCUAUAGUAACCUGGAGUUUGUAGACCUCAGCUACAAUAGAUUUUAUGGUGAAAUCUCACACAAUUGGGGGAGGUGUCCACAACUAACUACCCUACGGAUUGCUGGGAACAAUAUUAGUGGUGGCAUACCACCUAAUAUUGGAAACAUCAUUCAAUUCCAGGAACUUGAUCUUUCUUAUAAUGGGUUAGUUGGGAAGCUUCCAAAGGAAUUUGGGAAGUUGACUUCUUUGGUGAAGUUGAAGUUGAAUGGAAAUCAACUUUCUAGUGAUAUACCUUUGGAGCUUGGAUCAUUAACAAAUCUUGACUAUCUAGAUCUAUCCAAUAAUAGAUUUGAUAAGUCAAUCCCUAGAAAUAUAGGGAACCUUUUGAAACUAAACUAUUUGAAUAUGAGCAACAACAAGUUUAGCCAUGAUAUUCCAAUUCAAAUGUGUGUUUUAUCCCAUUUGUCCAAGCUAGAUUUAAGUCAUAACUUGCUCGAAGGAGAGAUACCUUCACAAAUUGGCAAUCUUCAGAGCUUGGAGAUGUUGAAUGUCUCCCACAAUAACCUAUCUGGUGUUAUUCCAAUUGCUUUUGAAGAAAUGCACGGCCUUUCUUAUGUGGACAUAUCCUAUAAUAAGUUGGAGGGUCAUCUUCCCAAUAGCAAAGCAUUUCAAGAUGCUUCCGUAGAAGCACUACAAGGUAAUAAAGGGUUGUGUGGAAAUGUUACCGGAUUGCAACCAUGUAUGGCAAGAAGACAAGUUUCAAAGAAGGGGCACAAAAUCAUUUUCUUGAUCAUUUUUCCUCUUUUUGGAACACUUUCAAUUGUAAUGAUGUUUCUUGGAAUUUUCUUCAUUUAUCAAAGAAAAAGGAAGCACCCUUGCACAAACCAAGCAAAUAACAUGUACGAUGAAAAGGUGUUUUCGAUAGCAACUUUCGAUGGAAGAGCAAUGUACGAGGAAAUCAUUGAAGCAACCCAUGGUUUUGAUGCUAUGUUUUGCAUUGGAAAGGGAGGACAAGGAACCGUCUAUAAAGCAAAUCUACCAUCAGGAAACAUAGUGGCAAUAAAGAAACUCCAAUCUUUGGGUGAUGGUGAGAUUGCACAACAAAAAGAGUUCUUCAAUGAGAUAAGAGCAUUAACAGAAAUUCGACAUCGAAAUAUUGUUAAAUUUCAUGGCUUUUGUUCACAUUCACAAUACUCAUUUUUGAUUUAUGAGUACCUUGAAAAGGGUAGCUUGGACACAAUUUUGAGGAAUGAUGGAGAAGCUAAAGAAUUGGACUGGAAUAAGAGGGUGAACAUCAUCAAAGGUGUGGCUCUUGCUUUGUUUUACAUGCACCAUGAUUGCUCACCGCCAAUUGUUCAUAGGGACAUAUCAAGCAAAAAUAUUUUGCUGGACUCUCAAUAUGAGGCUCAUGUUUCAGACUUUGGCAUAGCUAAGUUUCUUAAUUCAGACUCAUCCAAUUGGACUUCACUUGCCGGCACAUACGGAUAUAUUGCACCAGAGCUUGCUUAUACAAUGAAGAUAACUGAGAAAUGCGAUGUUUAUAGCUUUGGAGUUUGGGCUAUUGAAGUGAUCAACGGAAGACAUCCAGGUGAAAUGAUCCCCAUUCUAUCUGCUUCAAUUGUGGGGCAGAAUUUAUUGUUGAGAGAUUUGUUAGACAUACGCCUUCCACCUCCCACAGUUCAGGUUGAAAGUCAAUUGAUGGUCAUCACAAAGCUGGCAAUUACAUGCUUGCAUGCUAAUCCAGAAUGUAGACCAACUAUGCACAUGAUUUCUCAACUAUUAUCAACUCCAAAUCCACUUUCCUAGGGUCACACAGUCUCACCAGGAAAGCAAGGAUAUAGUGAAUUGUUUGGAAUGCUAUAUAAUCUAUCAAAUUUACGCUGCUGUAAGCGAUUGCCUUUUUAAGAUUAUGUAAUGCCUCUCGAGUACAA